AUGGCUUCAGACGGCUCGGAAAAUCACUCCUCUACCUCCCGUCAACCACACAUCGACAGUCCUCCCCGCAGCUAUUGUUGGGUCGGCUCCCCUGACCUUCGACCUCUUCAGACGAUUUCCAGUCGGGAUGAAGGUGGCCCAAGUCAAGAAUGGGACCCCUUACCCGAUCCAGCCAACGAAGCCACCGAUGGAACUCGAGGGCAGAAUGGCUGGGAAGCCGAUAUGCCCUAUGCGUUUUCUAGUACUCCCUGUCCCUCAACGGUCUCUCCCUUCCGGUUCCUCGAGCUCCCACAGGAGAUCCAGAAACUGGUCUACAAUCACGUCUACGAAGAGAAGCAGCCAAUACGAGUAUUCAUGGUUCGACCUACGGCACCAAAUGGGAGAUACCACAGACUAUAUGAUAACGACGGGUUGUCGAUCCGUGGGUAUGACUACGAGACUCUCGCACAGGUCAGUAAAAAGGUUAGGGAGGAUUCACGCGAGGCACGGCAGGAAUCGUUCGACGGCGAGAUGAAGGUCUUUUGGGAUAAAGGCUGCGACUCGACGCCAUUCAACAAGAUCUGCGAACCUCGCUGGGCACUACUACGAGACCGAAUUACUAAGCUCGUUGUCGAUAACGUGUCCAGUGGAGAAGCUGGAAACAACUUUUUCGAGGUCUUGAGGGGAACCCCGAUCUUCUUCCCUCGCGUCGCCGAAAUCAGAGUCCAUUACAAUACCGACCGCUACUUAACCGGUAGCGGAAUUAGGCCGGGAACAUCGUUCACUCCGUUUACAAUCUUCGACGAAGCCUAUAAGCGAAGAUUUGACACCGGCAAAAUGGACGGGCAAUUUAGGUACCCUUCCGCACGCCUAGGCCUGCCCGGCCUAGCAAGAGUUAUGGAAGAAGCGUCGCGUCCCUGCACUAUAUCCCUACAAACUACAAUUCAUUGGCAGACUUUUGCUGGAGAGCUCAUACACUCAUUACACGUUAAGUUCCCCGUCACGACGCAGGGCCUGUCUGAAGCUGUCGAGAGGAUUUGGUGUCCCGUUCGAUAA